AUGGCACGAGUUCCCCUGAUCGGGAGGUUGUUCUGGUACGAGUACCUGGCGCUCUUUGCGUCCCUGAUUCUUGUGUUACUUGAGACUAUUAUUCAUCUGAUCACGUUCUGUCUUCCGACGCCUAUCAUUCGCUUCUGCUAUGUCCAAUCGAAGGCACUGUUCAACAGGUUUAUCUCCAAGGAUGUCCGCGAUAAGAGAACCAAAGAGGAGAUUUUCGCCAGUUCGGUAGCCGAAGCCUCGGACUUUGUUGAGAUUUGUGAGCUUUUUGGUUACGAAGCCGAGGAACACAUCGUGCAAACUGGCGAUGGUUAUCUUCUUGGACUGCACCGUUUGGCGUACCGGAAAGGUGAGGAGAGAAUGCGCGUCAACCAGGGUGCGGGUGGAAUCAGUAAGAAAGUGGUCUAUCUCCAUCAUGGUCUUCUCAUGUCCAGCGAAGUGUGGGUCGCCUUGACCGAUGAGCAGCGAUGUUUACCUUUCCAGUUGGUCGAGAAGGGUUAUGAUGUAUGGCUGGGUAACAAUCGCGGCAAUAAAUAUGCAAAAAAAUCCGUCAAUUUUUCGCCGGGGUCGAACGAAUUCUGGGAUUUCUCCAUUGAUCAAUUCGCCUUCCAUGAUAUUCCGAACAGCAUCGAGUACAUCCUCGAGGUGACUGGCCAGCCCUCUCUCUCAUAUAUCGGUUUCUCUCAGGGCACCGCCCAAGCAUUCGCCACCCUCUCCAUCCACCCUCUUCUCAACCAGAAGAUCGACGUCUUCGUGGCCCUGGCCCCUGCAAUGGCGCCCUCGGGGCUCCGCAACCGCAUCGUGGACUCUCUCGUGAAGGCUUCCCCGGAUUUCCUCUUCCUGCUUUUCGGUCGACGCAGCAUUCUCUCUUCCACCACAAUGUGGCAGACUAUUCUCUAUCCUCCCAUCUAUGUCCGCAUUAUCGAUGCCGCCCUUGCAGCCCUCUUCAACUGGCGAUGCCGCAACAUCACUCGUGCCCAGAAGUUAGCCGCCUAUCUACACCUCUAUUCCUUCACCAGCACUAAGUCUGUCGUGCACUGGUUCCAAAUCAUUCGCAAUAAGAACUUUCAAUUUUACGACGACGAAACACACGCCCCCUUCAGCAUCGUUGCCAGCGAGCGUUUCUACAAGCCCGUCAAGUACCCCACUCGUAACAUCAAGACACCGAUUGUGCUGUUGUAUGGCGGAAGCGACAGUCUGGUCGAUAUUAACGUGAUGCUACAAGGCCUGCCGCGUGGUACCGUGGCCAAAUCUAUUCCAUCCUACGAACACCUGGACUUCUUGUGGGCCUCGGAUGUGGACCACCAGGUCUUCGGGUAUGUUUUUGAUGCGCUAGCGACUCAUAGCCGCGAUGAGUCUACUUCUGUCGAGACUGUCCCCCCUGAGUCUCGUCUCGACGGACGGCUGCUGGUCGAUGGUCAUAUAUCGAAUACCUCAGCAAUGCGCAUCCGCCACAAAGAUGCAGCUUUCGCGGGAACGACUUAG